AUGGCCUCCCAAACGCCAUACCGCGACUACUCCCCCGGCGAACUCUCGCCCUCCUCCUCCUCCUCCUCCUCCUCCUCCUCCUCCACCUCCCUCGAGAUGCUCACCCCCCUCUCGCCGCCCUACUCCCCCUCCGACGACCCAGACCCCUACCCCUACGACCCGCACGAGUCGUCCAAAUCGCUCCUCCCGCACGAACCGCUCCCCCGCCACCCCUCCACCUCCUCGCCCAGACCGCUCUGGGCGCGCCUCAAAGCCGCGCUCUACAGCAACCGCGGCAUCCUGCUCGUGCUGCUGUCGCAGUUCUUCGGCUCGCUGAUGAACCUCGCGACGCGCAUCCUCGAGACGUCGUUCCCCGAGCAGCGCUUUCAUGCGCUGCAGAUACUGUUUGCGCGGCAGAGCAUCACGUGCGUGCUGGUGUGGGUGUGGCUGUGGUGGAGGAGCGUGCCGGAUGCGCCGUGGGGGCCGCGGGGGGUGCGGUGGCUGCUUGUUGCGCGGGGGGUCGGGGGUUUCUGGGGCGUGUUUGGGCUGUAUUACUCACUAUCCUACCUCGACCUCUCCGACGCCACGGUGCUAACCUUCCUCGCCCCCAUCGUCGCAACCUUCGCCUGCUCGCUCAUCCCCUCCCUCCGCGAACCCUUCACGCGCGCCCACCUCGCCGCAUCCCUCGUCUCCCUCCUCGGCGUGGUCCUCAUCGCCCGCCCCACAUCCCUCUUCACCUUCUCCCGCAGCUCCGACACCUCCUACGAGACCGUCCCCAGCACCCCCAUCGCCCGCUCCCUCACCCUCCCGCCAUCCCUCACCGCCACCCCGCACCAGCGCCUCAUCGCCGUGCUCGUCGCCCUCCUCGGCGUCCUCGGCGCCGCGUCAGCAUUCACCAUCAUCCGCUGGAUCGGCACGCGCGCACACCCGCUGCUGUCCGUACACUACUUCAGCAGCUGGUGCGCGCUGGUCUCCCUCGUGGCGCUGCUGGCCGUGCCGAGCGUCGGCGGGAUUGUGUGGCCGAGCGGGCUCGUGCAGUGGGUGCUUCUGGGCGGGAUCGGGGUGAGCGGGUUUGUGAUGCAGUUUUUGCUCACGAAGGGGCUGCAGGUGGAGAAGGCGGGGAGGGCGACGGGCAUGGUGUAUGCGCAGAUGGUGUUUGCGGUGGGGUGGGAGCGGCUGGUGUGGGGGAGUGUGCCGGGGGUGUUGAGCGUGGUGGGGAGUGUGCUGAUUUUGGGGAGUGUGGUGUGGGUGGGGAUGCGGAAGGGGAAGGGGGGGAAGGGGGAGAGGGGCGUGGGUGGGGAUGAGGAGGCGGUGCCGCUGGGGAGGUGGGAGGAGGGGGAGGAGGAGGAGAGGGAGGGGGUGGUGGGGCGCGGGGGGAGGUAG